AUGGAGAAUACUCUCUUCCGCUGGGAUAACCCAUCCCAAUCAUGCUUCGAUGCUGAUGGUCGCAUUCAACCACUUAACUGCAAGAAGGGUGAGUUAUCAAACAGGAUCAUCACCGUUGGAGAUCCGAACAGAGCUUUAAAGAUUUCACAAUCAUUCGAUAAGGACUUCCCGGUCAUUGUUCGCAAGUCAAACAUGCAGCUUACAACGUACACCGGCAAGAAGAACGGCGUUCUUAUUUCUGUUGUUGGAACAGGAAUGGGAUUCACAAUGGUCGACCUCUUAGUUACACAAGCACGUGCAAUCCUUGAAGGACCAAUCUAUCUCAUCAGAUUCGGUACUUGUGGAUCCUUACACGCUGAUGUUCCAGUUGGCUGCUUCGCAAUCUCGAACAAAGCUUACGGUAUCCGCCAAUCAUACGAAAACGAAGAGUUCCCAUAUGAAUUGUCCACAAAACCAUUCAUUAUGGACGAAGAUCUCAUGAACCGCAUUUACAAGGAAUUCACAGAGUCAAUGCCUCAAUACAGAAGCGUCAUCGGACCAGUCUGGUCAGCUGAUACAUUCUACGGAUCUCAGGGACGCCAGGAUUCCAACUUUAUCUCUCAUAAUGAGAAUGUUAUUUCAAAGAUUCUCGAAAUUGAGCCAGAAUCAUUGAACUUUGAGAUGGAAACUUACAUCCUUGCCUUCCUUGGACAUAUGUUCCCACAGGCACAGCUCAGAGUUGGCGCUGUUUGCAUCACUCUCGCACAACGUACUUCUGGUGCAUUUUUGUCCAACGAAGAGAAGUAUACAAUGGAAUGUACCGCUGCUGAUGCACUCCUUAAGAUUCUUAGUGAUUUAUAA